GGAAGAAGAGUGGGAGGGAAAACCGGGGUUUCUUUUCUUCUGCAGCAUUUAACACAGAGUUUCUGGAGGCUGCAGCAGUGGAAAAUGAAGAUCUCCUCUGUGGUCUUUGCUCUUCUGACUCGGGUGCUGCUUGGAGGUAGGAAAAGUGUACAUCACUCCAUGCUAAAGAGGACGUGGCAGGGACAGAAUGUUUCCAGCUUCAAUUUUACAGAAAACUUUUGAAAAAGAGACAUUUGGGUGACAGAAUAAGUCAGCGGGGUUAUCUUAACCAGCUGACCUGGUUUUGCUUGAAUAAAAGUUGCUCAAAGUCAGACUACAGGAUGUUGUCAGGAAAAUCAGAGAUGGAUAGAAAAGAAUGGGGACCCACAAAAAUAAAAGAGAAAUCUGAGAUGAGAAAUGGUGACUUUUCUGUGACUGAUGAGAAAGUUUGAACAUUUGCUUCUGCUUGAACUUGAGAUGAUUUGAUUCUCUACAGUUUGAGAGCUCUUUAAAACAACAUUUUAAGCUCCAUUGUCUUUGCUCCUGUCUCUCCAACUUAAUGAAAGACCAAACUGCAGAUAUGGCUCUGAUUUAAUGAUGUGGUAGAGCUUCAGGCAUUUGAAUUGUGUGACAGAAAAAUGCCUGCAUGUCGUGAAAAGUGUGGACUAUAAAAAUUGCCCAAUGCUAAAAGAACAGUUGUGUGUUUAAGCGUGAUGCAGCAGUAACAGAGUUUGUUUCUCAAUAUUCUCUUUAUGUAUAACAGCAUACAGGCAAACACGGAGCUAACAAACAAUGCUCUGUGUUUGGCUUCAGGGCUGACACAGUGCUCCAGUUUUUGCUGUUGUAGUUUUAGCUGGGCUUAGAAAGACUCCAGUCCAGUCAGGCACUCAGGCAGGUAUCGAACCAGAAAACUGUCAGUCUCAAGUUCAACUUUUCAGGUAAAGUUGAACUUUAGACCUCUCAGAAAUAUUCCCUCGUGGAAGUGAUAAACUUCUGACUUCAGGUAGAAAACAACCAAUUUUCCUCAAGUUUUCCAGUCUAUAGAGGAUUAAAAGUCUGCAGGUCAAACACUUUCAAUGUUAGUAUUGCCUUUUCCUUCUGCUGAGAAUAUAAAGGCCCUAAAAAAGGUCAAAAUAUAGACCAAUUUUGUCAAUCUGGCUGCAAAAACAAAAUCUUUAUUUAUAAAACAGCAGGGUCCCUUUGUUCCAAGAACCAAUCCAUGCUACUAGUGGGUUUUUUUUGUUUGUUUUUUUACCUUUUUUGUUCUAGAUUGAGUCUGAUUGGGUCCCAUGGAGGAGAGUCCAGUCACUAGAUACUCACCAUCCAGUACUGACCCCCAGGUUUGGCUCCAGGAAGGUGCCCUGGUACUUUGGUGAGGUGGCUCUUCUUGAUAGGGAGAGUAAACACCUCCAUGUCAGGGGUCAUUGUUCUAUGUUAGAAAAUGGUGUACUUUAGCCCAAGUGAGGGAGUUCAGGCACUUGAGGGUCUUGCUCAUAAGGGAGGGUGACUGUGUGAUUGAUGGGGGGGAUUGAUGCAGCGUCAGCUGUACUGUGGGCAUUGUCAUUAUGAAGAGGGAGCUGAGGCAAAGAUUGAAUUUACCAGUCAAUCAAUGUUCCAGCCAUAGAUUGUAUAUAGAAUGGACAGUGUCUGCCUCCUUGCUGGGUGAAGCCACUCUGAGAACAGCACCCUCUGGUAACAGGCUGCAUUAUAGGUCAUAAAUCCUGCUUCUGCCAGCAAAGCUUAUGGGGCUAUGGACAAACUUUAGAAAUGUAUUACACAGAACAUAAUUUUUUCUCCCCCCCGCUUGUGGUGUUGACAUGUAGUUACAGUAAGACUGGUUUGUGCUCAAGUCCUCUUUUGUCUGUGAAGCUCCAUUUUUAAAAGUUAUAAGAGGGUUCAUGUUUUCUAUGAUUGACACCAGAUACAGCCUAUUGGCGUUCAGGGAUUGCGUUGCUCACUUGGGGCAUACGCUGUUUGAGCCGAGCGUCAUCACAGCAACUCUUGGCGACUCUCCUGUCGAAUGGGCACAACACUACUGUGCAAUGCUGGUUUCAGGAAAAGAAGAAAAAUGAUGGAAAUACUGAGAGCUUUUUGGCUUCAAAUCCGUAUACUGGCAGGAGGCAGAACCAAGUUGUCCAUAGUAUAUACAGUCUAUGGUUCCAGCGCUCAUCUGUGGCCAUGAGCUCUCGGUAGUAACUGAAAAAAUUGGAUCAUUGAUACAAGCAGCUGAAAUGAGCAUCUUCUGGGUGUCUGGGCACAGCUUUAGAGACAGGGUUAGAAGCUCAGACAUCUUUUUAGUAGGUAUACUGAGCUCUGUGACCUGUAUGUGUUAUGUGUAUUGUGUGUGACUUCAUACAGGUCUGUUAGUUGAGACCCAAAUCUACAAAACCCAAUUCCAUUGAAGUUGGAAAAUUGUGAUAAACGUAAAUAAAAACAAAAUACAAUGAUUUGCAAAUCCUUUUCAACCUAUAUUCAAUUUGAAUACACUACAAAGACAAGAUAUCUAAUGUUCAAACACAUAAACUUUUUUUUUUUUUUGCAAAUAAUAAUUUACUCAGAAUUUCAUGGCUGCAACAUGUGACAAAGAAGUUGAGGUGGCAAAAAAUACUGAGAAAUUUGAGGAAUGCUCAUAAAACACCUAUUUGGAACAUCCCACAGGCUAAUUGGGAACAGGUGUGUGCCAUGAUUGGGUAUAAAAACAGCUUCCCCAAAAAUUCUCAGUCAUUCACAAGCAAGGAUGGGGCGAGGUUCACCACUUUGUGAACAACUACAUGAGCAAAUCAUCUCACAGUUUAAACACAACGUUUCUCAAAGUACAAUUGCAAGGAAUUUAGGGGUUUCAACAUCUACAGUCCAUAAUAUCAUCAAAAGGUUCAGAGAAUCUGGAGAAAUCACUGCAUGUUAGUGGCACGGCCGGAAACCAAAAUUGAAUGCCCAUGACCUUUGAUCCCUCAGGCGGCACUGUAUCAAAAACCAACAUCAAUGUGUAAAGGAUAUCACCACAUGGUCUCAGGAACACUUCAGAAAACCACUGUCAGUAAAUACAGUUCAUCACUACAUCUGUAAGUGCAAGUUAAAACUCUAUUAUGCAAAGUGAAAGCCAUUUAUCAACAACAUCCAGAAACGCUGCCAGCUUAUCUGUGCCCAAGCUCGACUAAGAUGGACUGAUGCAAAGUUGAAAAAUGUUCUGUGGUCUCACGAGUCCACAUUUCAAGUUGUUUUUGGAAAUAGUGGACGUUGUGUCCUCCGCGCCAAAGAGGAAAAGAACUAUCCGAACUGUUACCGACGCAAAGUUCAAAAGCCAGUAUCUGUGAUGGUAUGGGGGUGCAUCAGUGCCCAAGGCAUGGGUAACUUACACAUCUGUGAAGGCAACAUUAAUGCUGAAAGGUGCAUACAGGUUUUGGAGCAACAUAUUCUGCCAUCCCAGCAAUGUCUUUUUCAUGUACACCCCUGCUUAUUUCAGCAAGACAAUGCCAAGCCACAUUCUGCAUGUGUUACAACAGUGUGGCUUCGUAGUAAGAGUGCAGGUAUUCGACAGGCCUGCCUGCAGUCCAGACCUGUCUCCCAUUGAAAAUGUGUGGCGCAUUAUGAAGUGUAAAAUAAGACAAUGGAGACCCUGGACUGUUGAACAACUGAAGCUGUACAUCAAGCAAGAAUGGGAAAGAAUUCCACCUUCAAAGCUUCAACAAUUAGUCUCCUCAGUUCUCAAACACUUAUUGAGUGUUGUUAAAAGGAAAGGUGAUGUAAAAUAGUGGUAAAUAUGCCCCUGUCCCAACUUUGUCACGUGUUGCAGCCAUGAAAGUCUGAGUUAAUUAUUUGCAAAAAAAAAUAAAGUUUAUGGUUUUGAACAUUAAAUAUCUCGUCUUUGUAGUGUAUUCAACUGAAUAUAGGUUGAAAAGGAUUUGCAAAUCAUUGUGUUCUGUCUUUAUUUAUGUUUAUCACAAUUUCCCAACCUCAAUGGAAUUGGGUUUUGUACAACACUUGAUACUUUAGAUACUCUGUAAAUGUUAUUCGAGCAUGUCUGGAACCUGGACUGUUGUUCAGGUCUUUAUUUAUUCAUUUAUGUAUUCAUGUAUUCAAGUUAACAAUCAAAAACUAACAUUAGCCAGCUCCCUUUCUCCUCUGCUGAUGACUGCUGUGGAGAGAACUGACUCAUGGUUCAGGUCUAAAAGAGUCUGCUGACAUUACAGAAAAAUGAAGCAGUAUUGAUGAAGCAGUGUGUCACAUGAAGAGGUGACAGUACAACACAACUUUUGAAACUUACGAAACAGUUUAUCUAGAAAGAAAAUGUGACUAAAAAAUGCAACAUCAAACCAAAAGUGACUGAACUGUCUUUAAUGAACUUGGUGAGUUUCACAUCAGAACAAUAGAAAUCCCAAGAGAAAAAGUACUGAUCCUCACAUUUUUUAGGAAGGAACAAACCAGAGAAAAAUCAAUUCAGACUCCAAUACUUGAUCCAGUGGAAACUGAAAACCUCUUAAAACUUUAUCAAUGAUAAACUGGUAUGAGACAGCUGAGUGAAUUGAGCCUGUGGGGAAGUUUAGUCACAAUAGACUGGUAACAAAUAACCAGAGCGAAUCAGCAAACGAAUCGUGCAUGUGUAAACCUAUCGCUGUCGAUUCCUUGGACGGACCAAGAUUUAAAUGUAAGAUUUUGUGUAUUGAAGACAAAUCAUUCUUAUACUAGAAAUUAUGCAAAUUUGAAAUUAUGUCAUCUAGCAACUUCUAGCAACUUCUAGCAACUUCUAGCAACUUCUAGGACAGCCACUAACAACUUUCUAUACUGAGGAACUGGCAACACUGACCCCACUCCACUGUGAGUGUCACCUCACAUGCUGUUGGAGGCAGGUCGUUCAGCUUUGCCAGAAGCUUAGAUGAAAACGAUGACAUCAUUAGUUAGUGCUUUUUAUGUGACAUUGCUGUUCACUCGUCAAAAAGUCAUGUUUUUUCUGUUUACCUUGCACACCAUUACAACUAGGAUCCUAAAAAUGAAAAUAUGAUGACGUUUUCUUGUUUUAUGCAAUUAAGUUACCAAACUCCCAGGAAUUUCCAUUCAUAUUCACUUUGGGUAGACUGCUUUCACCCUAAAAGGGGGCGUGGUCAUUUAAAAGAUGUGAUGUUUGACUGCUUUUGUUCAUGAACUCAUGAAGAGCUGUGGACACCUGAUUGUCUAUUUAAUCUCAACUAAAUGUGAGUGGUUACUAUUACCACCUGUGUCUGAAGCAGGUAAACAUGAUCAUACAAAAUACUCCUUUAGUGCAAAUUAUAGAAAUGACCUUUGUUGUUUGAUUUUGUAUAGUUUGGGAAUGGACAUUUGUAUUGAAAGCUAUAGUUUAAACUCUGAAUAAUCCUAAAAUAUAUCCUGAUUUUGUCUGUCUUUAGUGGUGCAGGAUAUAAAUUUUAAAUGUUCAGUUUUGCUAUGUCACAAGUGUAGUAAUGUGGUUCCAUAUGGCUCAACUUAUCCCUCAAAAGGCUAUGAUGAUCAAAAAUAGCUAUAAACCUAUUUUAAAUUGAUUUGAGAACUGAAUUGAUUAUUCUCAGAGAUUAACUGCACCCUAAAAUAAGUGUCAGUUGUAGUUAACGACAUGACAGUCAAACCCUGACUUAGAAACAGGCUCAGAUCACCCCACUUUCUCCUACUUGUAAAUUGUCCACUUUAGUUUCAGUACUCCAUUUAUUUGGAUUUUGUUUUUACAGUGCAGUGUUUCAUGGACACAACGAUGAAAAGAAGACAGUGUGUGCUUAGACAGACAUCUUCACUCAGUCUAAACAAAGCUAAUAUGUAGUCACAACAUGAGGAGGAUUGUCCAUGUCCUCACAGUCACAUGGUGUCAUUAAGACAUUACCUGCAUUUGUCUGACAUUUCUGUAACAUAUAUGGUUGUACACACAUAAAUUUGAUAAUUAGUCUGUUUCUGCUCUCUGACAGAGAUUAAAUUUUUCAUGACACCUUACUGCCUGUUAGAUUUGGACUCUUGAUAGAGUAAAAAAACAGUUUUUUUACUUUAAGCUGUGAUAAUGCUUAAGAACCUGUAGUUUCCAUUUCCUGCCUGUCAAUUGAGAGUAACUAAUUUCACCAUGGUGGGUGGGGACACAACUUCAGGGCAAAGUACUUGGAUGGGUUACACCCAUAAUGAUAAAGAUCAACAGAAAAUAUAACAUCCAAACAUCUUGAUAUGUUUUACUGAUGCAUAAAAUGAUACUUCAUUGGCUUUUUCUUUCUUUUUGGAGAUUUGUGUUUUGCCAUCAACGUCACCAUCACCCCAUCUCCCUUCACGGUGGCCCAGGAGGGUCAAAACAUCACCUUGUCCUGUAUGGUGUCUCAGCGGCGCCGGAACGCUGCUCUGCCUGUGGUGAAAUGGACUUUCCUUCCUGCGGGGACAGACCGGCCAGAGGACGAACUCCUCAUUGCCCGUGUGAACAUGAGAAAGGCUCGUUUCUAUGGCAACUACACCAAGAGUUUUCCAUGGCCCAAAAUGAAACUGACAGUGGUGAAGCAGGGGAAAAUCUUUGACCUGCUCAUCUUAAACGUGUCAGAGGGGGACCGGGGGCUUUACAUGUGCCGAGUGCAGGAGUUUAAAAAGCACCAGGACCGCUGGAAGGCAUCUUCAAACUGCACCGCCGCCACCGAGCUCAGAGGUGAGGCCCAAGAUCAGUGUUAAAUGUUUUUAUAUCUUUGUCCUGAAGCUCAGUCUUGGUUUGAUUUCAAAGUUUAAUCCAUAAGGAGGAUGCAAAUUUCAAGUCUUCUCUGUGAUGGAUCUUUUAAAGACUCCAUAAACAGGCAACUGGACUGUGUAGAGUUGAGAACACAUUUUGCCUCUUAUCCAAGAAGUUUGAUCAGUUCUAAAUAUUGCUAGUGUGAGGAGCAGAUAUUUAUCUUACUGGAGAAGGGGACAGACAAUGACUGGGAGGAGUUGGAAAGAAUGGGUCGUAGAAACCCAUCUCUGGUAGUUCCCCCCCCCAGGGUCGUUAGCCUGAAAGGGUCGUUAACGACCCCUGUCAUGUGACCACAUGACUUAUGCCACCUGGGUCAUGUGGUCCCAGGUGUGAAUGUUUGUGGAUCUUCCUGGGGAGAGAGCUGAGAACUGCAUUGUAAGUGCCGGAGAGAUUGUGCCUGAGUCCACCCCCUCUGUUCAGAGAAGGUUUCUCCAGUCUGGUAAAGAUGGCUUCUUUAACUCCUCUUUCAAAUCAUCUGUCUUCUCUAGCCAACACCUGUACAUUGCUGUCCUCGAAGGAGUGACCCGUGUCCUUUAAGUGAAGGUGGACAGCUGAGUCCUGACCUGAGGAAGUGGCUCUCCUGUGUUGAGCCAUGUGCUUGUGAAGCGGUUGUUUAGUGUCCCCAAUGUACAGGUCUGAGCAUUCCUCGCUGCACUGGACGGCAUACACCACAUUACUCUGUUUAUGUCUCAGUGUUUUGUCCUUGGGAUGGACUAGCUUCUGCCUUAGUGUGUUACCAGGCUUGAAAUGAACAACAGUUCAAUACCUGGACAACACAACUUCUCCUUGACAGUUAUGUGUGAAGGGUUACACCAUCUCUGGUUGACAAAUAAAGCCAGACCUCCUCCUUUCUUCUUGCCACUAGCUUGAGCAUCACUGUCAGACCUUAUGAGAGUGAAGCCAGGUAGAUCCACACUGGAGUCCGAGUUGUUUUGAUUCAACCAGGUUUCAGUAAAACACAGGAAGCUGCACUCACAGUAUGCUUUCUCAGUCUUCACCAAGAUCUCCAGCUCAUCGCUUUUUUUGGGCAGAGAGUUGACGUUUCCCAUGAUGAUUGAUGGAAGAAAGGGUUCAUAUCGCCACCUCCUAGCAUUCAGCUUUGCCUUCACCUUUGCACCAGCGCGGCAACCACAAUAACACCUCCUGAUGUCCUCUGGAACUGUAUGUUGUUGUCCAGUUGCUUUUCCUCAACGAAAGGAGCUCUUCUCUUGAGUAAACUCUUCGCCCAGCAGAAGUAUCCAUGAGCAGCCAACAAAAUUACAACAAAAAUAUGAAAAAAAUCUAGUAUAAAUUACAAAAAUUACAGAUAAUACAGAGAGACCAGACUUGCAGCAACAUCUCGGUUCAAGCGCAUCGUUAUGAUUAUGCAGAAAGCAUGAAAACGUGAGCAUAGUGUGCACAGCCUGCAGCAUUCCCAGUUUAGCCACAACUAGCGGUGCAGCCACCACACCAAAGCAGCAAUCAAUUGUAUCAUCUAUGUUUACAUCAUCAAAUGUUUACAUUUAAAGGUGUCUUUAUUAUCCCUGAGGGGGCUGUUUGUUUAUUGUGGGUCUGGCAUACCUGCAAAAACAAUCAGGAUCGUAAACUAGUUCACUGUAUUAUUAAGUAUUUAUCUACAUUUGUUGUACUGUUUAAAAUGUUUUUUUAUAUUUUUCUAAGUUUAUCUUAUUUAGUUUGCUUUGUUAGUUACUUUGUAUGUUAAUAAAAUGUUGAACUAAUCUCUAGUUUCUUUAGUUUUUAGUACAGAUGCUUUAAAACUUGCAGUGUAAAAAAAAAAUUGUGAGAAUAAUCGAGAUCAGACAAUAUGACAAAAUAUAUAGUGAUCUUUUUUUUUUGCCAAAUCCCCCAGUCCUACAGUAACACCUCCAUCUCAGCCAUCUUCAUGUUAAUUUUCAUUAAGGGUUAGUAGCUCCCACUCCCAGCUGUUCAGACAAAGAUUAUCUUUUCUAUUUUCUAACUAAUUAAAGAGUUAUCAGUGGUUGUUGAAUUGUAAUUGUGAGCUUUGUAGCCAAAAUCACAUUACUUGUGUCAUUUUCAAGGGCUUUUCCUCUGCAGAGCUCCAGUAGCUCAUUAGCAAUUCGUCUCUGAGUUGUGGGCGGAGACAGCGCUGCUCCGCACACUCCUCUUCAUGCUAACUUGCUGUCUAACAUUGCCGGUGUAGUAGAAGUGGCAGGUAACAUAGGAGCUCUCAAACACUUAUGUCUUUAGGAACAUGAUGAAAGUUAAUAUCAUAGUUAGCCUUAUUACGAACACUGCAAUCCGCUAACGCACACACUUAUUCUGCGAUCGUCCUCUCUAUUUCUCAGAGUCUGGCUUGCAGAGCAGGGCACCAGGGGCAGAGCUUGGACUUCUGACAUAGAAAAUCCCACUGUGUCUGAAUCUGCUUUUUGGGUCUCUGAGAGAUUUACAGUGAUUUGAAUGAAGAAAUACUCAGAAAUGCAAUUUUACACUUAUUUUUCUGAUGAUAUAUCCUAUAGCAUCAGAAAAAUGCCAUAUGACAACAAGAAAAACAUGAUUUUCAUCGGAGUGGGUCUUUAAUGGAGGCUAUUGGUUCAAUGUUCAAUUCAAUCCAAUUCAACUUUAUUUAUAAAGCACAUUUCAUGCACAAGGCAGACUCAAUGUGCUUUACAACAGGUAUACAUAGUUAAAAAGAACAGUUAUAUAAAAAUCAAUUAUAAAUCAAUUAUAGAGUGUAAGUGCAAGUAGACAACUUCACUGCAUGUACACUUAAACUUGUACAUGCGCACACACUCACACAUGGAGACAUGCACACACACACACACACACACACACACACACACACAGUUCAACAGAAUUCGAUAGAAAAAAUCUGUUUAAAGAUGGCUACUGAUGUGACAUGUCUAACUGUGUCAGGCAGGGUGUUACAUUUUUUAGGGGCAUAAACACUAAUAGCUGCCUCCCCUUCUUUGGAUCUCGUGCAAGGGAUGAGUAGGUUGCCACUGCCUGUUGACCAAAGUGUUCUUGCUGGGGUGUAGGUGAUGAACAUAUCUGUGAUGAGGUACAAGGCCAUGUAGUGCUUUGUAAACCAGAAGUAGUAUUUUGAAAUCGAUUCUUGUUCUAACUGGUAACCAAUGUAAAGAUUUGAGAACGGGUGUGAUGUGUUGAUUUUUUUUGGUACCAGUGAGAAUACGUGCAGCUGUAUUUUGAAUUAACUGUAACCUCUGAAUACUGGAUUUUGGGAGUCCAGUGAAUAAACCAUUACAGUAAUCCAGUCAACUUGUUAUAAAUGCAUGGAUUUAUUUUUCUAAGUCUGAUUUUGACAGAAAGCCCCUUAGUUUGGAGAUAUUUUUGAGAUGAUAGAAGGAUGAUCUUGUAAUGUGGUUGAUAUGACUUCUGAAAUUUAGAUUGCUGUCGAUAAUUACACUCAGAUUCCUUGCUUCAGUUUUGCUGUCAAGAGAGAGAGAGAGAGUUCAGAUGUGCUGCAAUGUUCUGUCUCUGAGCCUCUACACCAAAGAUGAGAAUUUCAGUUUUGUCUUUAAGUUGUAAAAAAAAAUUCUGACAUCCAUUGAUUAAUAUCUUUGAUACACUGAGUGAGGUAUAUUAUGGGUGAUAGGUCAUCUGGGUGUAGUGAAAUGUAAAGUUUGCAAAUCAUCUGCAUAAUUAUGGUAACUAAGAUUAUGUUUGCGUAUGACAUGUGAGAGUGGAAGCAUGUAGAGAUUGAACAGCAGUGGUCCCAGAAUUGACCCUUGGGGUACCCCGCAUGUAAUGUUCAUUUUGCUGGAGUUAAAUUCACCAAUGGAGACAAAAAAAACGGCCUGUCAUAAAGAUAGGUUCUGAACCAGUUUAGAACUGGGCCAGACAAGCCAACCCACCUUUCAAGCCUUUCCAGUAAAAUUUUGUGGUCAACGGUGUCAAUUGCACAGAUCAAGUAGAACAAGAAUGGAAUUUUUUUUGGAGUCUGUGUUUAUGUGUAUGUCAUUCAAAACUUUAAUAAGUGCUGUUUCUGUCCUAUGGUGGGGACAAAAAGCCAGACUGAUAAGUAUCUAAAAUGCUAUUUGAUGCGAGAUAGUUUUUGAGCUGACUAUAAACUGUUUUUUCAAGUAUUAUGCUGAGGAAUGGUAAGGUGGAGAUGGGCCUGUAAUUUGCAAUGACACUUUGAUCCAGAUUGUUCUUUUUCAGAAGUGGUUUGAUGACAGCUGUUUUAAGUUAUGUGGGAAAUGUACCUGACUGAAGAGACCAGUUAAUGAUACCUAGAACCUCUGGUGCUAAGCAGUCAAAGACAGUUUUGAAAAAUGCAGUUGGGAGAGGAUCCAGGCAGCAGGUAGAGGACCUGAGCUGACCAUCAAUAUUUUCAAGUUCAGUCAGAUCUAAACAGUGAGACAGUAAAGUGAGACAUGACACAGGUGGGGUUCCUGAAGAAAGGAAGGGCAAGUUCAGUUGUAGAUUUUUGGGCACUAAUGUUUAGUCUAAUUGUAGUGAUUUUGUAAUAAUCAAUCAAUCAAUCAAUCAGUCUUUAUCUAUAUAGCACUUUUCAUACAUAACAUGUAGCACAAAGUGCUUGACACAGAAAAAGGAAUAAAAGAAACAAAGAAUACCCAAAUUUACCCCAACCCAAGAUUAAAAGAAUACCCAAAUCAACCCCAGCCCAACCCCUCAUUCCCACCUCAUGAUCUAAUUGCAACAAAAACGGUAUUAAAAUGCAUCAACUUAAAAAGGGCGUGAUUUCGUGGAAACAGGAAUGUGCGCACCGAGGAAACGUCAUUUUAAAACUCAAGAUAAGGAAAUACUGGAGGUUUAUGUUAAAAUCUAAAAACAAAGAAAUAAAGAAUGAAAUUUAAGAGAUAAUAAACAAAAUGAAAUGAAAACAACAGUAAAAGAUACUAAAAUAAGAGCACCAAAAAAGCUCAAUAAAAGACGAUCCUGUUAUUAAAACUAUAAAGAGAUAAAUGCUAAAACACUUAGGCAGAGUUAAUAUAAAAUUUAGUUAAAAGCAAGACUAAAAAGCUAUGUUUUCAGUUUGCUUUUAAAAUCAUUAAGAUUGGGUGCAGUCCUCAGGUCUUAAAAUCAUUGAGAUUAGGUGCAGUCCUUAGGUCAAGUUUAAAGAAAGAAGCAAAUUGAUCACAUUUUUCUGAGGACAGCAUUUCUGAAGGAAUGGUGGAUGGUGGGUUAACAAGUCUGUCAACGGUGGAAAAAAGCACUUUACUAUUAUUAUUUUCAUUGAUUUUAGAAAAGAAUGAUUGUCUAGCUUGUUUAAUUGCUUUGUUGUAUUCAUUCAGUUGAUCCUUAUAAAUGUCAUUGUGACCCUGAAGUCUUGUUUUUCUCCACUGUCGCUCUGCCUGACAACACUUUCUCUUUAGGCAUCUGACGUCCACUCCAUUUCUCCAGGGAGCCUUUUGUUUUUCUACAUAUCUAGUUUUGAGUGGUGCAAUUUUGUCAAAUAUACUCUGUAUUUUUGAGUUGAAGUUGUCCACAAGGUCCCCAGGUGAGGAUAUCAUGGACAAAGACAACUCAUUUUAAACCUUUCAAUAGUAUUGUCAUUAAUUGUUGUUGUAUUAACUGUGCCCACAUCUGCUUUUUACAUGAUGGACUCAAACAUAGAUCAGCCCCACCCUGUGGUGCUUCAGGAGGAGUCCAGCAGUGGUGCAGCUUUCCUUUAUAACUUAUCACUGGUACUUCUGUUUGUCCUUUUUAGUUUCCAAAAGUAAAAAAUUAGAUUUACUUAGAUUUAAUUAGAUGCCAGGUUUCUCCCCAGAAAUCUGUUAAGGCCUCUUCAUCUAGCAGCAGAGGACUGCAAUGGCGGCUGUGAGCCGUGAACAUAUGAAACUGUUAGAGGCUGCAGUGUUUCAAGUAAGAGCAUUAGUGCCUUUUAUCAUAUCUUCGUGUUGAUAUCAAAUUUUAAAAUACAGCUAUGUCUGAAGAGGACUGUAUCCACUGUUUGGGCCACAUGAAGUGUUUCCUUGCCUCAAAAAUGACCUGAUUCAUUCAGAGUCUGACCUGAAGAGAAGCCCAGUUUGCUUAAAUGACUCAGACCAUAGAGUCAAAAAGUGUUUUUUUCAAGGAGAUAGAGUUCUUUCUAUGACAGCAUUUGAUGUAAGUCAUCUUGCUGAAGAUGAAGUGAAGCGGGUUGAAGCCUUGUCCUGUUGUUGAUUUGAGAAGGGAAAACAUGAUGGGCUGGAAAAAAGUCUGGAGAUAAAAGGGAUUCUCCACAGCAAUGAGUCUGUGGCUUUGACUCGGGGAUGGUGUUGGAUAAUGAGCAGACAGAGUGUGAGGUUUCAGUACCACCACUGGCACAUGGUACGCUCACACAACAGUGUAAGGAAGAGGAAUUCAUGGAGCAGCUGCUGCCCAGAAAUGCCUUCACUUUCUUCAAACCACAGACACACUUUUAAAGCUACAUCAUGUUUUCCAUAAAGAUUUUUCAAUACAGUUGUUUUUAUCCAUAUUGAUAUUCUGGUCUAUAUCUGAUCUGAUGAGCGUGUGUGGCACGCGUUUUGACACACAACCUGACCGAAUCAACACAGCUAUAACCGCAUUAAAUUAAAUUAAAUAUCUAGUAAAUAGACACACAUGAUGAAGUGAACAAGAUAUGUAAAUCGUCUCCCUCCCUUUCUUUCUUCCUCUUCCUCUUAUUUUUCACGCAGCUCGACCUGGACAUGUCUCUGUGUCCUUUCCCCGUCCUGCUGCAGCUGCUGCUGCGGCAGCUGAACAGAUGAUUUGUUUCAGUGAUCAGAUGAGUUUUUUACUUACAUACAUACAAAUAUUAUAAUAUUCAGUUUUGUGAGCCAAAUUUAUUUUAUAUGCCAACAUCUAUGAAAGAAAGAGCCAGGCCACGGAGCGUGAUGCGUCAUUACACACAGAUAGUUCAGAUUCUAAUGCCAUUUUUGGAGUUUAUGAUGUGAUCUCUGUGCACAACCCACCUUUGUCACGUGAGGUUUGAAUAUAUACAACUUUAUGUGAGUGUCUUUAUUUGUGGAAAAGGGUGUUUGUCUUACUAGUGGGUUCAAACUUACACACACCAAAUCCAUCUGUGCUUAUAUGAGACAGUGUGAAGGAUGUCCUCUGCAGCGUUUACUGCGACACUUGUUGAGGAGCUGCCUUCUGUCGCCAUCGUGUGGCCUUACUGUCUUCAGACAUCUCUUGAUCUCUUUGACUACGUCAUGACAAUUGUAAUACGCCUCGCAAGUGGCGGAUUUAAAGGCAAGGAGAGGAGCUGAUGUUAUUGGUCAAUACAGGUCUCGGCUGUGUUAAACCCACUCCAUGCCCUCUCUCCUCCCUCGCUACGACUUAUGCCGCUGGGAGAAGCUGAGUUAGGGAGGGGGAUACUUACGCCAGGCUGCGCCGCUCACCAAAAUACCAAAUUGUGCUUGGGAACGCCUUGUCGGCGCAGCGGACCUGACUAAUGCCGCGCCUGCAGCACGUCUCCCGCAAGGCACGAAAUUAGAGCCCGAAGACUCUUUACACCUGCAACCAGAGUCCUGAAAGGACAGUUCUUUUGACUGAACUGAAUCUUUAGAAUCCGUUCAUUAAAAUGAUUCGUUCUAAAGAUUCGUUCACUGAAUCAGACAGUGCUUCGGAGCCCCUGCCGGUGCAGUACACCAGUGAGUGACACAGCGGCAAGUUUGUUCAUUAAAUGAGCCUCUCCCCUCCCCUGCUGCUGAAGUCACAGCAUUGUUCACUGGGUGACAUGUGUCAUUCAUUCGCAAAGUCCUGAAGGAAGAAUCACUCCCAUGCCUUGAAAAACUCACCCCUCUGUGUGUCGCCGUUAGCGGAAACAACACAGCAGCACACCCUCUAAACGAGUGUGUGUCGUCGUUCUUUUAGAUCGUGGAAAAGUAGAGAGAUUAAAAAUAAAUAAACAUCGCAGCUGUAGCAGGGAUUCUGCUACUUUUAAAGAUAUCAAAUAGCAUAUUGCUUUAAAUCCGCUUGCAGGAAAGUGUAUGCACGUGUAUUAAUGUAAAGGCACUAUAAUGACCUGUUUUAUCUAAGCCUCAGUGAACGAACCGGUGCUCGGCAGUAAGUGAACAACACUACACCCUCUCCCUCCUCUACCUGAAUAAAGUCAUUCGGAAGUCAUUUGUUUCGUUCACCAUGUCGUUCACAGACUGACUGAUAAAUUUCAUUCACUGACUGAAACGUAGUUCACUGACAUUUCAUUCACUGACUGAAACAUGUCGUUCACCGACUGAAACAUGUAGUUCACUGAAGUUUCGUUCACUGACUGAUACAUAUCGUUUAUUCGCUGUGAGUGAAUCACUGAAACUGUUCUGAGACUCCGCCUGCCCGCCCGCCCACUCGGCUGCUCGCUCACUCGCUGGCUGUAUGUCAUUCGCCAAAGAGUCACAGGCGGCAGUUCCACUCCCGACCGGCAUGCCACACCGUGGCUGAGCUCAACUGAACUGAGAAAGGAAUAAAUCAGGUCUUGGAGUGAUUCAGUUCAUGUCAUUCACUUAGCAGUUUCGUUCAUUUGAACGAAACGGUCAGAAACGACACAACACUAGAGUUAUCCCUGCAGGUGCCUCUAAAGUUGAUGCUAAUUAGGAUUUGCAUCUCUUCAGGAUUGUAUUUAUCUAUUUCAUCCUGAGCUGUGGUGUGUUUUUGUUUCUUUUUUUUGUAGAUACACCAAGCAUUCAUCAAUCAAAACAGAUGUGAAGAAAGGUUAAGCUUCAUUUUUCAUCCAAGAUGUGCACGAAAGACUUUGUUUUGACAUUGGUUUGUUGAAAAGUUAAGUGCAUCACAAAAUGUUCUUCCUACAACAACCUCAACACAAUUCGUGCCAUCAGAGCUCAACAACACAAGAUGCUGCUCACCACAUUUUCCAUGGGAGCAUUCCUACAGGCUGUGACUUUAAGGGUGUCAGCAGCCAAGUCUGGGCCUAAGCAGACAUGCAGUCCCUGCUGAGGACUGUUGACAUUGGCCCUGUCUAGGAGUUUCCCUCCCAGAAGUAGAGCAUACAGAGACCACUGAGGCUCAGCAGAAAUGGAACAACAGAUGUUUGUUCUGAGGAAGGUAAAGUUUGUCUGCAGCCACUGUCCAGUGGGCAGCUGGCUCGUGUCUGGCUCCCAUCCUUUUGUGGUCAAGGAUGUGGAGCGUUAUUUUAAUCCAAGGAAGCACCAGGCCAUUGUGGUUUCAGAGAUAUUAAUAAAAAGGCCCACAGUGACACUUUGGAUGGAAACUGCAUUUAUGACAUGAAUGGCACAGCUGGCUGUUGAAACUGGAACUUUAAAUUGAACUAUGAGAGUGAGUGGAAGAUUGUUAUUGUGGAUGUUUUGCCAUUUUUGCAUUUUCUGCAUUUGACCAGACUGAAUUUCCCCAUUAACACAUGUGUGAAACAGGUUGGAUAAAAACAUUUUAAUGUUAUGCAAAUCACUUAAGCCUACAUAUAUUUGAAAACAGUGCAAAAACAAUUGUUAAAAUUGAAUUUUUUGUCGUGUCUUCAAUUUUUUUUUCUCAUUUUAAAUUGGAUGCCAGCAGCAUAUUUCAAAAAAAGUUGAUAGAGGAACAACAAAACCAGGUAAAAAGUUGUGUGAUAAUUAAAAAAAACAAAAAAAACUGGAGCAACAUCUCCAAACUAAUGAGGUGAAUUUCCAACAGGUUAGGAAAAAGACUGGGUAUAAAAAGAACAUUCAGAGUGGCUGAGUCUCUCAGAAGGAAGGAUGGGAAGAGGUUCACCACUCUGUGAGAGACUGAGUGAGCUAACAGUUGAACAGUUUCAGAAUAAUGUUCAUCUCUGUACUUAAGAAGACAAGGACCAAAACCAGAACUGUAUGGUCCUGAUCUUCAGGCCCUCAGGCAGCACUGCAUUAAAACAAAUAUGACUCUGAAGUGAAAAUCACUGCAUGGGCUCAAAAUCACUUCAUCAGGGCCUGGGGAUUUACCACUAUUCAUUGACUGUUUCGCUUCUUUAAUCUCAGAGAGCGUAAAGGGUUUAUGGAGUCUUUGGUUAUCUUCAAAUGAUACCUUACGUAGGUCUAGUUUUUGAAAUAAGUUAUUUAACUGAUCUUCAUUGUUAAGACAUUCUGAGGUAAAAAGUUGAGAGAAGAAAGAGUUAAAGGUGUAAUUUGUUUUGUCUGGGUCAGAUGUUAUUGUGCCUGAUUCAUCCGUUAUCUGGGUAAUUUGAUUUGAUGCCAUUUUUGCCUUUAGCUGGUGAGUCAGAAGGUGUCCAGCCUUGUCCCCAUGUUCAUAAACCAGUCCUCACAAGCGUAGGAGAAGAUGUUCACUUUCAGACGCAAGAUGGAGAUUGAGAUCUGUUUUAAGUUUUAGUCUCUCUUUAUAAAGAUCUGGUGAGUUUGAGGAUGAAAGAGAGUUAUCUAGGUUUGCAAUAGCUUCUUCUAGUUCUGUUGUAACCUGUAUUGUUUGUUCGCAUGCGACGUGACGGCAGUAAUCCUACUCCUGAUAUAUGCCUUGAGAGCUUCCCAAAAUAUAGCCGGGGAGGUUUCACCAUUGUUAGUCUCACAGAAGAAAGUAAUCGCUUCAGAAAUGUAUUUACAAAAACUAGAGUCUGAAAGUAAAAGUGGAUUCAGUCUCCAACAUCUAAACCCCUUUGGCUUUAUAUUAAAGCGGAGGUCUAAAACUAGUGUGGCAUAUUCUGAUACUGUCAUGUGAAGGUACUGAGUUGAAAUAAUUGCUGGGAUGAGUUUUUUAUCUAACAGAAAGUAAUCUAUACACGAGAAUGAAUGAUAUGAAUGACAAAAGAAUGAAUACUGUUUUACAAGGGGGUGCGAAAAUCUCCAGGGGUCCACAAAUCCAUAUUCUUCAAUGAGAGUGGACAAGGCCUGGGACAUUUUCAUAACUGUAGCUGAUCGCGGGUUAGUCCUAUCUAAAGCUGAAUCAAUUACACAGUUCAAAUCCCCUCCCAUAAUCAGUGAGUGAGAGUCUAGAUUGGGAAUAGAUGAAAAAAGUGAGCUCACAAAGUUAUGGUUGUCCCAGUUAGGAGCAUAAACCGACACUAGGAUUGUACGCUUUCCAUAUAGUAUACCAACGACAGUAACAUAUCAACCAUUUGGGUCCAAUAUUGUCUUCUCUAUAGUGAAGUGAACAUUUUUUCGAAUUAGAAUAGCUGUACCUCCGGUUUUGAGAUUGAAUUGUGAAUGAAAAAUUUGGUCAAUUCAAGGUCUACUUAAUUUUCUAUGAUCAAGGUUGCAUAAGUGUGUUUCUUGCAGAAACAUUAUGUCUGCAUUUAAAUUUUUGAUGUGUGUCAUAAUUUUUGUGCGUUUAAUGGCAGCAUUUAGCCCACCGGAAGGAAGCCCUAACAGCUAAAAAAAAAAAAACUGACAUUUAUCCUUUUUUAUGUUCUAACUGACUCCAAAAGGUCUGAAACGUGCUCCUAAGAAGGUCCUGGACAAUGAUUUUAACCCUAACCCCAUAACCCUAACCCUAGCCCUGUAACCCAAUGCCCCAGUGUUACCAUAAGGUAACCCUAAAAAAACAUGGAUUAGUGCACAGUAGUAAAGUGAUGGCAUCUACUUGCCUUGCAAGAGGCAAGCAGCAGAAAGUAAAAAGAACCACUUGUACAAAAAAUACACAAUCUGACCUGGAUAAGCUCAUAACAUAAAAUUCAACAUCAACAAAAUUAAACCCACGUUUAGAUUAGAUUAAAUAAAAAACCCAUCAAUUCACCAUUGAAAUACAGUUUAAAGUUUAAGAUGGGGCUCGAUAUUGGAGUAUCAGUACUAUUUAUCACAUCUCAAUGUAUGUGGGUAAGCACAGCUUAACGGCUAACGAGCCGAGCUAGCAUAGCUAAUGGCUUCAUGUAGCAGUCAGAUAGUAAACAGCAGGCUAGCACCCGCUGACGUUUAAUGUGUUAUUUUAACCAUUCUAGUCAACCAUACUACAAAACCUUGCAUCCUUGUAAGAGGGUGAUUACCUCAAUUUACGAGGCACUUUCUUGUUUAGAAGUCUUACCGCUGAGGUUGUAGCUUAGAAAGUUAUGUUCCAAUGGCUACUAUUAGCCGCAUCUCAGCUUAUUAUCCUACUAACCAGGCCUCAGGGCUUGUUUGGUAGUAGCUUCCUAGGGGGAUGGCAGUCUCUUCUUUGUCCCAUUCUCCAGGGUGAUGUGUAGCCGGGCAGGGAAGAGAAGUACUAGUCGGAGUGCUAGUUUAUAGAGUUCAGCCAUUACAGUUCGGUAUUUAGCUCGCUCCUCUGUGACCUCCAGCGUGUAAUCCUUGAAGAUCUGGAUCAGCGUCCCCUGGUACUGAAGUGUCCCUCGUCUCUUGCCUCUCAGAUAAUCAUUCCUUGGUCUGGAAGCGGAGGAGGCGAAUUAUUACCGGUCUGGGUCGUGAGCCCGGCAGCAGUUUAGCAGUCAGGGUUCUGUGGGCCUGGUCCAGCACAGGGGGGGGCUGAAGGGUCUGGUCGCCGAGUACUUCAACCAGGAGAUUGGCGAAGAAACUUGUUGGUCUGGGCCCUUCAAUCGAUUCUGGCAUUCCAGUUAUUCUGAUGUUGCUUCUGCGGCUACGGCUCUCUAGAUCGGCGGUCUUUGCUCUUAGCUUGGCAUUACUGUCAGCAAAUGCUGCACACCACUCCUCCAGUACUUCGAUCUGCUGGUCCUUUAGCUCGGCGUUGGAUUCCAGUGAAUCCAUUCAUUGACCAUGCUCCGCCACUGUUUCCUGGAUUUUGUCGAAUCUGGAUUCCAAAGCGACAAAUGCUGUUCUGAAGUUGGCUGCGAUGCUAGCUUUAUUUGUUGCUUUUGACAUGUUGUAAAAUAUUUACAAGGUUAUAUUUUACACGAAGUAAGUUUUAAGAAAAUAGAUACUUUUUAGAGUACUUGCUGCAGGAGCUGGAGGACGCGCUUCCUUCACAUGUUACCCCAACCGGAAAUCUAUUGUUCAUCUCAAAAUCACUUGAAAAACCUGUGAACACAGUUCAUCACUGCAUCCAAACGGAACCAUGCAAAGAAGAAACCAGGGGCCUGUUCUACAAAGCAGGAUUACUGCUUAGCGAGGUAACUUUGAGGGUAAGUUCGGGGUUUCCUGUUCUACGACGCGGGUUCACUUCUUAGCGAGGUGAGUCUCCAUGGCAACAUAUGCUGAACGGCUAACCUGCUCUGGGGCAGUUCCAGAUUGAACUCACCGAGUAUAAAAACCCUGCCCACUGACCAAUGAGCUCUCUCGAAAAUGGCUUUUCCAUUCUUGGAGGAUCCUGUAGACCUCGGUGCUCGUAUUGUCCGAGGAGCACUCCGACGCGCGAGAGUUUACAGGGACUGCACAGACCCACUUACUUUUCCGGAUGACCACCUUUAUGAAAGGCUCAUAUGGCCUACAUAUCACACAAAAAAAUGUAAACAUGAUAGGAAUGAACAAAUGAAUGAAUUCAUCUUGGAAAUGAAUGGGCAUGAGCUGCAUGGGCUGCGUGAUCACAGACAAAGUCUCAGUACUAUUUAGUAGCAGUGCACGCCCCUUGUAAUAACCCCCGUAAAAACUGUUGUUCAGGACUACUUACUUGUGCUUCCUACCCACUGUAAUAACCGUUGUUUUAGCCCACAUGCAACAUUUUUGUUCUCAUUCAUGAAACGCUUAAAUCGGGGACAUUUUCGGGGACAGCUUUAGCCGGGGACAGAUCAUCCAAUUCGGGGACUGUCCCCAGAAAUCGGCGACGUCUGGUCACCUUAGUUAAAAGCGCAUGUUGAACAGUGCUAUUUCAGGGUGAUAGUGGCAUCAAAGAUUACUUUUCUGCCAGCAUUCUUUCCAUGCUUUUGCAGCAGCAACGGUGUUGCUUUUGAGGUUUAUGAUAGAUUUGAAUUCUUCAUACUUUCUCAUGAUCGUCUCCUGCUGCUUGUUUGUAAAGUACACGGUCCUUCGCUCUCCGGCCUGCUCUGAUGCUCCAGACUUGUCCAUGUUCGCGAUUGGUCAGAUGCGGCGGGCUCCGCCUUACAUGCGUGCACGCGCCCACAGCAAAGCUGGAUCAACUUACGAGGUUGAUAACCAGUGUCGUAAGACCGUUUAGCGUGACCGCUGGCUACCGCGCUAAGUUGAGCGAGGUACCUCCAAGGCUACCUCGCUAGGUUGAACCUGCUUCGUAGAAUAGGCCCCAGAUGUUAACAGCUCAAGUCCAGCAUCCCUGAUGGUAUGGGGAUUGUCAGAGUCCAUUUCAUGGGUAUCUUUCACAUCUGUUAAGGCUCCAUUAAUGCUGAACAAUAUCUCCAGGUUUAGGAGCAACAUCUGCCGCCAUCCAGACUAAGAUUUUUUCAGCGAAGAUGUUCAUAUUUCAGCAAGACAAUGACAAAUCACAUUCUGACAUCAAAGAUUACAACAGCAUGGCUGUGUAGGAGAAGAGUCUGGAUAAGAAACUGGCCUGAUGCAGUCCUGACUUAUCCCCUCUUGAAAACAUUUGGAACAUCAUGACCCCAGAAACAGGACCGAGGAAACCCUGAACUGUUGAGCAGCUAGAAUCCUCUACCAGGCAAGAAUGGGACAACAUUUUACUUUUGUGUGGUGUUGUUAAAGAAGAGCUUAUAAAACGCAAGAUGAUGCUGCCCCAUCUGCUUUAUAGCCAGUGUCCCAAUCAGAAGGGUUAGGGUACUAUCUGGAUGUGGACAGUGGGGCCUGGGCUGGCUGUGCCUAGUGUUGUGUGAAUGGGAUUGGUCAAAAACUGAUGGGAUCCAAUUAUAGCAGCCUCUAUCAUCAGUGUGUGAACGAGACAUACAAUGAUAAAGCAGAGAAAGCAUUGCAUCAAUAGUCUUUUAACUAUCAUAAUCUCUUUUUGUUAUAAUGUUAAACCAAAUCAAAACUUUUGUAGUCAUUUUAUAUUGGAUCCCAAUAUUUUCUUAAACUGAGGCUGCAUCAACAACUAAGCAGUAAGUAGUUGAAAACAGUUAAGUGCUUUCAUUCACUGAGGGGCUUAUGAGAGACAGAAAUGAAGGUGAAAAUUAAAGCAGCACUACACAGAAUCUUUAAACUCGAUAAAACUUGUGUCAAGCCCCGGUAAUGCUUGAUCCCAAAUUCUCAUUAUGCUAUUAUAUGUCCACACUAUCCAGAAUUAUAAAACUUAAAAAGUUCAUUGAAAGCAAUCCGACUUUCAGUCAAUUGUAGAACCAAAUUCUUCGAUAUAACCUGUUCAGCCUGUAAGCUGGGUAUCUAUAAUGGACAGCCUAAGCUCUUGGAAAAACAUGUUUGUGCCCAGUAAACCCACAGGCGGGGUAACUAUUUCCAGUAUCUACUGAGCUGUUGACAGCUAUGAUAAACAUGAGAAACACACCUGAGAGGUCAAAGCCCCUUUGAGUUGUCUGUCCAGAUGAGAACCAGCAGAUGACUGAGACCUUGUGAGCAGAAACGUGUGUGUUUCUGACGAUGUACUGGUGGCAUUCCUGUGGUCGGAUCACAUUUGGUGACCAGGUGUUUCCACAAUCUUCCAGAAGUCCAUGAGUCUACCUACUCCUACUGCUCUGAUAACAAACACAGCCAGAGAGGUCAGAGGGUUUGGAGGAGAAACUGAGGGAGAGCACCAGCUCAGCAUAAACAAACCGAGCUCCAAGGUAUUUCUAUGAGGUGGGCCUCUGCCAGUUAACAGGGUGUUUCUUAGAGGAACAUGGGACACGGAUGUGGUGUGAGUUUAAGAAUAGUCAGAACAAGGAUCUCUGGGUAAUUUUCUGGCAGCUUAACAUGGAAAUGUGAGAAUGAGGGCUACCACUGUUCUGGGGUCAAAACAUUUCUGGGGUUGCUUUGAAAGAUGUGAAUAAGAAAAUGUAAAGUAGGUCCAUGUUUGGGGCCUUAAUAGGGACACAGGGUGCCAGUGUACAGAGAGAUGCUAAUUCUAGCUGCAAAAGACAACAGGAAGUGAAAGGAUGAUUCAACACUGUGUUAAGACGGUCAGUGCUGCUCUGUAUUUACAUUCAUCUGCAGCUUUAAAUGAUAUGGUCAAUUAAUGCAGUGACUGACUCAGAUGAUGCUGGAGGUACAGAAGGUCAUUAUGCUCUCCUCCAUGUCUGUGUAUUGAUGUUUACAGUGUUGGGUUUGUUGGGGCACAAAAAGAGCCACAAAUCUGAAGUACAGUCUGUAGAUGGAUGCGUCUCUGUGACUCAGAUGAACAAAAAGUAGUCUGUUUGAAUGUUUCCACUGCAGUCAGACUCCGUCAACAGCCAUUUAGAGUCCCUGUCAAAGAAGACGUUUUCUGGAUUAGGAUAAGAUCCAGCUUUAUGGCACCAAGAACGAUGAUUUGUCCGGUUACUGAUCAUUACAGCAUGUAGAGCUGCUGGACUGACAGGGAGACACAGAACAAAACUAACCACAUAGACGUCAGACACAGAUAUCAUCCAGAUAAAUUAACUGUACAGGACAUUAAAUCAUCUGCCAUUUCAAACUAAAGAAAGACAGUCUGUUUUGAAUCAUACCUCAUCAAGAAACUAAAGUCCUCAUGAUAAAUGACGCACCAUGAAUUACUGAAGAUUUGCUCUUUGUUAAAACAUCCGGUAGUAGUUUUGUCAUUUUCAUGACCAUUGAUGGUACAAACACAUAAAUGAGACAUUAAUAUGUCACUGUUAUAUUAAAGUUAUAAUUUGGAGUGUGGCUUUGUGCUCUGAGAGCUCCCUGCUCUUUCAUGUACACCUCACCCCUCCAUCUCAAGUGCAUUCAUGUUGGCAGCUCUAAAUCUGUUUUUAAUCGAUUUAGUUGUGGAAAUAUUUUUUUGAAAAAAGCAAUGUGUAGUGCAAACUUACAGAUAAAUGGGGAAAGCAGCAGUGAAAUAAGCAGGAUAAUGUGCAAUGAGGGGGAUUUUGCAGUGGAAGAACCCCUUCAGAUAUUUGAUCCCUCACCUGUAUUUCAGUUUUUUGAUUUCUGCUUAAUGUCAUAUUUGUAAUGCUUUUUUCUGUUAAUGUUGCAAAGGUAGGGACAGCACACCUCCCCUCUAUUAUAUAUAAAACCAAGUCAGGGAGAGCAGCAGCAAAACCCUCAGGGCAGAAGAGAGCAGACAUUAGUGAUAAUACAGUAUGGCACUGGUGAGAGCACACACAGCUUAAAAAGGAGGAGCUGGCUGGAGGAGAAGGAGGAGGCAGGUUGAAGCUGUUUAAAUGGAUCCAGAAGGCAAUUAUCUGAGCUGUUACCUGAUAGGAGCUAGUGUUAGAAUCAGCAGAUGUGAUCUUGACCUCAGUGGCCUGCCUGAACAAACACUAUGUUUAAUCUGUUGUUAUCAGAAAACUUUUGGUUGGUGGUUGGUGAAAUUCAGGAAAGCCAAAGGUGAAUCUGAUAUUCAGAGGUUAAGCCUCAUGCUUUGAUUUUUCACAGCCUCAGUCAGUUGAAAUCUGGAAACUGACUCACAUUUUAACAGGGUAAAUAAUGGACAUUGACAUAUAUAUAUAAACCCACAACCACCUUUCUGUGAGUCUCUCCGAUGAAAUGAUGUGGGCAGCUGAAUUUAGGUCACAUAUGGUCGAUGGAGGGUUAGUGGUUUCACAGAUGGGGACUGAAUCCAAAGGUGUGUUGUGAAGUUUCUGUCCCUGUGAAUCCAAGUAUGCUGGUGAUUUUCCAAUACGGAUUAUUUUCUUGCCUUUUUUUUGUUUUUAACUGGUUUUGUAUUUUAAAAAUGGAGCUCCAAAAGUGACAGACAUGAUGCAGCCUUUAGUAGAAGCUGUUUUUGUUUCAGGGUUAGGUCUGAGGGAGCUGCAGGUUGCUGUCUCUAAUGUCUUACUUUUUGAUUCAAGCUCAGGCUGUUUCACGGUUUCGUGAUGCUGGCUUUAAAUCUAGUUGAUAUUUUCCCUUGUUGACUGUUUUUUUUUUUGUUUUUUUUGGGGGCGAGCAUGUUUUUCAGCAUGCUUCCAAUUAUAUCUUUGUUGGUUACCCCAUAAACAGCACAAAAUGUGGACACUUUUCUGACAGACUUGUAUGUGUCACAUUAGUUUUAGUGCUCUCUUGUCUAAAUGUUGCUACCAGAAUUAAAUCUGGAGAGGAGCUGAUUUUAUAGUCAAACAGUUUUUUGCUGAGAUAAGGAGAGAUUUGUGGUUUAAAUUUGCUGAGGGUGAAGAUUUUUGUCAUUUCUUAUAAACUUCUUUGUUUUUAAUCUGUUCCAGACAUUACAGUGUGCAGCUCUAAGGAUCUAUACGUUACUGCAAAAGGACCUAUGUAGUAAUAACUCUACUGUGCACAUAUGAUAUGAUUCAGAUCAAUCUGGAAGCCAGUUCUUGCUUCCUGUGGGAAAGUCUCCAGCCAGCAUGGCCAGCCUGUCUGUCAUGAGCUGCUGGUGGUUUGGGGUAUUUCAAGACGCCUUGGUGGGUGUUACUUCAUGAGCUUCCUACCACCAGCUCAGCAAGAGAGCAGCAGUGUUAAGACUAUUGUGGUCAGAUGAGGUGGAGAAAUGAUGGAGUGUGUGGGAGGAGAUUUCAGGUUGGAUAUGGGAAACUUAUUUUCUCAGCCCUUUAGGACACAAGCAGGACAUAGAUGCGAUUCUUGUCACUCACACUGAGUCUGUACGACAUGAUUUUAAUUCCAUGAAGGUGCUCAGACUGUGUAUUUAGGGGGUAAAGAAUUAUACAAUGAUGCUUUAAAAGCCUUUUAACUGUAACUCAGCACAGUGUUUAAUAGGUUAAUUUCUAACUGUUUUAUGCUUCUUUAUUUUUGUGACUUUGAAUGUACGCUGGUUCCAGUGCUGACUCUUUAAGCCUAUUCUGCAUCAUAGAAGAUAUGAGUGAUCACAAACUAUUUAUGUCACUACAAAGUCUACACUGAAGACUUUUUGCAAGGUUGUUAGCUUGUUUGUGACUGCCAAUAGGUUAAUCAGAGAGUAAGUUAAUGACUGAAUUAAAGUCAACAUGAAUUAAUGUGGGAGUUAAACCUGAAGAGAUCUCUCAAUACAGACAGAGCACAUCUACUGAUACCACUUGGAAAACAGAGAAGUCUGCAUGAUCAUGCUUUGUGUGCAAUUAAGAAGUAAUUAAAAUGAACUUUAGGAGGAAACUAAACAGAAAUCAAGUGCUAUAUGUCAAAAUGAUUAACAUUCUGCAGGAAUACCUGUGUUGCAUUUUAUAACUCCUAUGUGGCUACACUUAGGGUUGUAAUUGUGACCCUUUUGCACCAUUUAAACCUGUGCAAAUGGGCCAAAAGACAUCCUCUAAUUUACGGAUAAUGUGCAAAGGGUUAAAUGAACAUAAACUGCUUUACAGGGUAAAUGUUUAUUGCUUUUGUGCCUAAAUCCAGGGCAAGUUAGGCCUCUAUAUGCAAAUGGGCCUCACUUAAAAAACAAACAUCUAACUCACCAGCGCGUUUGCUUGAAGAAUUAAAUUCUUACCAUCUGCUUAGAGUUGGUGGCAACAGUAUUUAUUUUAUUUUAUGUUAUUUUUUCUAAUUUAUUUAUUUUUAUUUAAUCAAGGAAGCCAGCCACACUGAGAUUUAAAUGAUCUUUUACAAGAGUGUCCUGGCCAAGAAUUAUUAUAUGCUAAAAGCAUAUUUACACUCAAACUUUUCAGUAGUGAGUUAACAUUUACCAGUCAGAAAGUAAUAUACCUCCAAAUUCAGUCUGCUUACAUGACAUAUUUUAAAAUAAUCAGGAUUUAAAUCAGGGUCAUCAGGAGCACACUGCUGUGCCAUUUGUGUGUUUUGUUUUUUUUUUUUUUGUUUUUUUUUAAUCUGAACAUUAUGCAUUUUGUUUCACUUCUGCAGGAGUUGAGCCAGUUAUAAAUGAUCUAAUGUGUGUUUUUGUCCUCACGUUUUGUCUCGUCUUCUCAAUGAUGGCCUGAAGCAACAGCACACCUCUCUGAUCUGAUUUAGUCUCUUAGUGAAAUCAUAGUUGGAGAAGCCUGUGGGUUAUUAAAUGUACCUAUCUGUAUAUUCACCAACCCUUGUUCAGACAUAGUACUGCAUUUUAUAUUAAUUUGCUUUACUUUGUCAUAAAGUCAUAGCAUUAAUUUCUUGUAUGUGCAGAUAUUAAAUAUAACAGAUUUUAGGAGGAGGCUCAACACCCACCUUUCUAGCUUAGCUUUUGCUUAAUAUUUAUGUAUUUUAUCUCCAUUUAUUCUAGUUAGCGUCCUAUUUCAUAUUUAUUUGUAUUUAUUUCCACUAAGAUGGUCUGUGUUUUCUUUGUAUUUUAAUUUUUACUUUUUUAUAUUUUUUCAUCGUCUUUGGGACCCCCAGUGUUUCAUCUGUGGGAGGCCUCAGCACUGGGAGCAGUGGUCUGCUGUGGUCACAGGGGCUGGUCUGGACUCUGCCUCGUGUGUGUGUGUGUGUGUGUGUGUGUGUGUGUGUGUGUGUGUGUGUGUGUGUGUGUGUGUGUGUGUGUGUGUGUGGGUGUGUGUGUGUGUGUGUGGCUUUGGGUGAGGCUGUGUUGUAGGGCUUGGCGAUAUGGCCUCAAAGCAAUAUAUUGUCAUGAUAUAUUGAGCAGUUCACCUUGAUAACGAUAAAUGGAUGACAACUACUCCACAGCUGCUCACCCCCUUCCACAUUAACUUCAUCUGCUUCAUCUGCUCCAGCUGCUCCAGCCGCUACAACUUUUGAACCAUCCUCCAUCUCCUCACCUGUCUUUCCCUCUUUGUUAUGGACUGAAUGGGGUGGAGUUACAUCUCAAAGGGACAUGAGGCCAUAGCCUAACUACACACAUCCAAAACAUUUUUUUUUUUUUUGACACCAAAUAUGCCAAUUUGGGCAAAAUGACACCGGUUAUUGUCGUAUGUUUUGGUAACAGUAAAUUUUUGGUUUAUCGCCCAGCCCUACUGUGUAGGUGACUGUUUACUGUGGGUUGUAUUAUUGUGUGGGAUAAGGAAAUUGUGUGGAAGCAUGUGAGAUUGAUUUUGUUUUCUUUUAACGGACUAUAAAGCAUUUUGGGCUCUAUUUUCGUGCCUCACCGGCGGCGUGGCACAGGCGCAGCACACUUUAGUAUUUUGGUGAGCGGCGCAGCUGGGCAUAAAUAUCCCCCCUCCCUAACUCGGCUCCUCCCUGCAGUGUGAGUGGUAGAGAGGGAGGAGAGAAGGCGUUGAGUGGGUUUAACACAGCAGAGACCUGUUUUCACCAAUCACAUCAGCUCCUCUUCUCACCUUCAAAUACGCCACCGGCGAGGCAUAUUACAAUUUUCAUGCAGGAGUCGAAGAGACAAAGAAAUGGCUGAAGACAGCAAUGCCACACGAUGGCAACAGAAGGCAGCCCUUCAACAAGUGUCACAGUAAGCGCUGCAGAGGGUGUCCUCCACACUCUCUUAUGUAAGCACAGAUGGAUUUGGUGUGUGUAAGGUACCCACUGGCAGUGCUUAAUUUGUCCUCCAGGAGGUGCCGGGUUCCCCUCUGCAGCGCGCGCCGUAAAAAUAUGCUUUUUUUUCUCUGGUUUUUAACGUGUUUUUUUCUUUUUCACCUUAAUUUCUGCACCUACCUAGUAUAACAUUUACCUAUUUGUGCGCGGUGCCGGUGCGGAAACAAAACCAUCCCAAUGCGCAUUGCGUUGUGACCACGUGACGGUAUAAAUCACUUUUCCCCUUGUUUUACCUAAUUUCUGAGUAAAAUACAUAAGAAAUAAGCCAACAGGCGUCACUUCAGAGAGAAAUAAAACACAGAGAAAACAUAGAUAAAAACACAGUUUAUUUAUUGACAGGGAAGGUCCUGGAGCAGAUCAAACAGGUGCCGGAGCGGCUGAAAUAGAUCCCGGAUCCGAUCAAAAAGGUCCCAGAGCGCGCUCCGGCUUGCUCCGGCACAAAUUAAGCACUGCCCACUGGUAAGACAAACACCCUUUUUUUUUUUACAAUUAAAGGCAAUCACAUCAAGUUGCAUAUAUUUAAACCCUAGGUGCGCACAGAUCACAACAUUGAUUCCAAUAAUGGCAUUAAAAUCAGAACCACCUGUGCGUAAAGGAUUCCUCGUGCCCCGUGGCCUGGCUGUUUCUUUCGUAGAUGUUGGCAUAUAAAAUAAAUUUGGCUCACAAAACUGAAUAUUAUAAUAUUUGUAUGUAGGCCUGACUCCGAAUUGAAUAUUCACAGAAUUUUAAGGAUGUGAGGACAUUAGAUAAAGAGGUAAUUCUGAAUGAAACUUUCUUUUAUUCAAAUUUUCAAAGUAAAUGACUCUUCUGAUCAGUUAAAUAAACCAUCUGGUCAGCCUUGCUGCCACAGCAGCAGGGCGGGGAUGGGACACGAAGACAUGUCUGGGUCGAGCUGCGCAAGGAAGAAGGAAAAUAAGGGGGGAGACAAAUUAAAUAUCUUGGUAACUUCAUCAUGUGUGACUGUUUACUGGAUAUUUAAUUUAAUGCGGUUUCAGCUGUGUUGAUUCAGUCAGUUUGAUUGUCCAAACACAUGCCAAAUGCCCUUAUCGGAUCAGAUAUAAAUCAGAAUAUUUUUUAAUAUAGAUCUAAAUGUACAGUAUGUGCUGAAUCAGAUAGUUGCACUGAAUAAUGGUUGUUGUUGACUAUUUAUAGCACCUAAAUGUGCCUGACUCUGAAAACCUGCCAGUGAGGCAUUGGUGACGUAUGCGCACUACGCCGCCGCCCUACCAAAAUACCACAAGACUAGCUCGCACUCCGCCUGUGCGAAAGCUGACUAGGUUUGAAUCCGCUAGCUUUCAAUGCACUUUCCACGCGGCCGGCAACCACAAAAAUGUCACUGCGCCAGCUGAUUCUGUCGACACCUCCCCCUACUGCACCACCAUGCCCAGCUUGGCGCAUUUCAGCGCACCUCAGUCUAUGAAAAUACCAAACUGGCUGUAUGCCGGGCUUUGCCAGACGAAAAUACCACUGUGCGGGAUGCGCCACUGUCCGCCGCGCCAUCAGCGGACACAAAAAUAUAGCCCUUUGUGUUACACCAUUUUGUAUGAAAAGCACUUUAUAAAUAAAGUUUGAUUCAAUGUGAUUUAAUUUUGAUCACAUUUAGGAGUUGGUAGAUAAAUUUUUGUCUAAGUUGAAUCAGUCACAUGGUUCAAAUACAAACUUUAUAACUGGGUGUUUGAAACUUUAAAAAUCACCAUGUCACAUGUUAUUUCAUUUUCCAUACAAGCUCCUAUGCUACAGACUGAAGCUAUGCUUUGGAAAAACAGACUUUGGAGCUUUAGUAUCCUGCGCACAUCUGUAGCUGCUACAGCUAGCUCUCUAGUAGCUGCUUCUCCUUCUUCUUAGUCCUCCAUUUUAUAACAUGUGGCAACCAGCAUAAAGGAUUCCUACUCGGAACUCUUAGUAUUACUGUUUUCUUAUUUUCAGUAUGAUACCAAUGUUUCAUUUUCUUAAAAAAGUCAGUUAUUGUCAAUAUAGGUUUAUUGCAGCAGCCCUAGAUGGAGUCACUAUGUUAUCUGUUCCUCUUUAUUUGUGACCGUAGGCUCUAUUUUCAUGCCUCGCCAGCGAUGUGACGCAGGCGCGGCGUAAGUCAGGUCCGCUGCGCCGACAAGGUGUUCCCAAGCACAAUUUGGUAUUUUGGUGAGCGGGCAGCCCGGCGUAAGUCCUGUAUUGACCAAUAACAUCAACUCCUCUCCUCGCCUUUAAAUCUGCCACCGGCGAGGCGUUUUACUAUUUUUGUUUAGUAGUCAAAGAGAUCAAGAGAUGGCUAAAGACAGCAAUGCCACACGAUGGCGACAGAAGGCAGCCCCUCAACAAGUGUUGCUGUAAACGCUGCAGAGGGUGUCCAUCACACUGUCUCAUAUAGGCACAGAUGUAUUUUCUGUGUGUAAUGUUGGACCCACUGGUAAGACAAACACCCUUUUCCACAAAUAAAGACAAUCACAUAAAGUUGCAUAUAUUUAAAGGGGACCUGCCAUCAAAAAUGUAAUUUUGUGUGUUUUUGUGUCAGAUAAGGUCCACAUUAUGUUCGUCUUAUGUUGUAAAUGUGAAAACAAACCGUUACAUCGUUUGCAUUCUGUAAAGGUUUAAAAAAAAGAAAAGGGUAAACCAGGCCAAUUGAAAAAACAGGUCCUUCUGACGUCACGCCGACCUUGCUCAUUAUUAUUCAUAACUCUCUCGUUCUCGUACUCAUUCACAGUCAACAUCACUCUCCAGCCAGAGCGAGACUCAGCUACCACUGUAUCCGCUAUGGGUCUUUUCCAAACGACCGGUGUUUCCCUGGGUUCACUGCCGGGAAAAUGAACUUAAAGCCGGGCAGAAUGAAUGAAAACACCGCUGGAGAUCUCCGGCUUCUUCUUCAACUUCCACCUCCUCUUCGGACUCGGGGUCUAAAAUAUAUGGUUUAAUACCUGACAUUUUUAGCCUUUAGCAUAAGGUGACCAGACGUCCCCGAUUUCCGGGGACAGUCCCCGAAUUGGAUGACCUGUCCCCGGCAAAAGCCGUCCCCGAAAAUGUCCCCGGUUUAAGCGUUUCGUGAAUGAGAGCAAAAAUGUUGCGUGUGGGCUCGAACAACGGUUAUUACAGUAGCCAAAUGGGUAGGAAGCACAAGUAAGCAGUCCUGAACAAGAGUUCUUAUGGGGGUUAUUACAAGGGGCAUGCGCUGCUACUAAAUAGUACCGAGAUGUUGUCUGUGAUCAUGCAGCCCCUGCACCAUCGCCGCCACCGCCGCACUGAAUAUCCCCGGAAAUCAUUACAGACAUCUGGGCGCCUUAUUUUAGCACACAUUAGCAAAAUGGAUAAACCGAAAUCCGAACCUCCACAGCUGAGCCAAUCAGAGCACAGCAGGCUUCACAGCAGCGAUCCAAUCAGAGCAAAGCUCAUUACCAUAAAUGUUAAUGAGCCAAAAUCAGUUGGUUUUCCUGCAAGGUUUUUUAGGCAUACUAAAAUGGUUUGAAACAAACCAUCAAAUAACUUUUCAGCUAAAAUUAUGUUGCAAACAUGAUCAGAGGACAUCAAGGAUUAUGAAAAAAUGAUGAAAAUGGGUAUGAAAUUUUGAUGGCAGGCCCCCUUAUAUUUAAAACUUCACUUGACAAAGGUGGGUUGUGCGCACAGAUCACAACAUAAACUCCAAUAAUGGCAUUAAAAUCGGAACCAUCUGUGCGUAAAUGACGAAUCGUGCUCCGUGGCCUAGCUCUUUCUUUCAUAGAUGUUGGCAAAUAAAAUAAAAUUGGCCCACAAAACUGAAUAUUAUAAUAUUUGUAUGUAGGCUUAAAGUAAAUAACUCAUCUGAUCACUAAAAUAAAUCAUCUGUUUAGCCGCUAGCAGGACGGGGAGAGGACAUGGAGACAUGUCCAGGUCGAGCUGCGCAAGAAAUAAGGGGAAGAGGAAGAAAGAAAAGGAGGAAGACGAAUUACACAUGUUGUUCACGUCAUCAUGUGUGUAUUUACUAGAUAUUUAAUUUAAUUUAAUAUUGUUUCAGCUGUGUUAAUUCGGUCAGGUUGAGUGUCCAAACGCGUGCAAAAUGCGCUCAUCAGAUAAGAUAUAGAUCAGAAUAUAUCUAUAUAGAUCUAAAUGUAUGUGCUGACUCAGAUUAUUAGUUGUUUUUAAUUAUUUAUUGCACUGAAAUGUGCCUGACACUGUGAAAACCUGCCGGUGAGGCAUCAGUGACGUAUGCUGAUACGCCGCCGGUCUACCAAAAUACCAUUAGACCAGCUGCGCUCCGCCUGCGCUGAAAGUUGACCAGGUUUUAAACGGUGAGCUUUCAGCGCACUUUACACACCAGCGGCGAGCACAAAAAUGUCGCUGUGCCAGCUGAUUCUGUUGACACCUCCCCCUGCCACGCCAUCACACCCAGCUUGGUGGACCUCAGUGCGCCUCAGUCCACGAAAAUACCAAACUGGCUGUACGCCGGGCUCCGCCAGACGAAAAUACCACUGUGCGGGGUCCACCACCCUCUGCCGCGUCCCCGGCGGACACGAAAAUAGAGCCCCAUCUCUCUAUCAUUCAGGGCAAAGAGGAAAAGCACUACUAAAUGUCUUUGUGUUCAUCUCUUUUCUGAAGGUUCCCUCACAGUCACAGUUAGAGAGCUAUCAGGAUGGGCUAAGGUUGCUUUUUUUAUUACCUAAAAAAUGUGACUGACCAGCUCAUGGAUGUUCAUGGUGAUGUACUGUCCGUCUAACCUAAGUGCUGCAUUAAGGUCCUUACACACCGGCGAAUUUGCGGAGCGAAGCGAAAAAGCGAGACGAAAAUUGCGAAUAUUCGCCGGUCCGAAAAAUCGCUUUCGCCUAUACACACCGGGCUCGAAGCGAAUAUGCGUAUUUUUUUUGCAAAGCGAAUUGAUAAAGUCGCUUUGCGGCACGGAGGACAGGAGAUGCGGGGUGGUCCUGUACCGCAAUUACCAGCCUCUCUCCCAUCGUUGCUCUUGGUGCCAGUGGUGGUGUGUGUCGUGUGAACGGCUGCUGAUUGACAUGUCUAGCAUUAUGAGCGAGGGAGAAAGAGGAGGAAAAGCUGUGAGAGACGCCGCAGCAGCCAGGAGAGGCGAGGGAUGAGCAGUGAUCCUUCAAGUUGUCUGGUCAUUCUGUUGGCCCUUUAGCUGCAGAUCAUCGGUAUGUCAAACAGCUAAGAGGGAGAAUCAGGCAUGAUGAGGCGGUCACCCUGUGAAGUGUGCAUGACAUCUGUCUCCUAAGGAAGACAAGAGAGUGUCAUCUUGUGAGAAAACUACUUCAUUAGUUGUAUUGAAGACUUAGAAGUGGCUAGAAGAUUAGUUUAUUUCUUUACUUUGAGAACCCCUCUGAGCAGUAACAUAGCCUUCCCACUGCUCCCUGCCCAGUUAAGCCCCCUUUCUUCUUUACUUCUGGUUUGUUAUUUGAUAUCUUGUUUAUUAUUGUUACUGCAGCGAUGUACAGUUGUUAUUGUUGUUGUUGUGCCCGAUGUCAUUCAUACAGCGGAGAUAUACGUUCUUUCAGUGUUGCUGUAAUUAGGCCGAUAUGUUUGUAUCAGUGCGCGUGUGAUUUGGUGCGAGUGUGUGUGUCUGCCUGAUGAGUGAGAGGAGAAAGUUUGAGAAGAGGAGACGAUCGGUGCAGCUUCAUGUGUCCGACAGAUUCAUUCAUUCCUUCUGUGAAGUUUUGUGUGAUUAAUAACCCGCACAACAAGUUGUCUUUAAUCCUGUGAAGAUUAUACCUAAAAGAGGAACAAACGGACUUUGAACUGAAGUUAGUUCGCCGAUUAAUGUUAGCUCUCGUUUCCCGACAGUGGCUAGCUAGGUCUCGCUAGCGGCGUCAUUGUCCUUCGUAUCCCAGCAAACGUUAACUGGCCCCAGUUUAAGGACUUUAGUUCACCCCCUCCUCCUCUGGACCACAUCCUCACCCCCUCCCCUCUUCACCCGAGAACAGCUCCCAUUCAUCUCCCGUGGACACCUGAUCACAUAAUCCCUCAACAUCGGGACCUCGCUACAGACCUCCAUCCUGGCUGAAUCAGAAUCCUCACGUCCUCCUCUGAGCUCCAACCCCGGGCAACAUUGGUACCAUUAGGUUUAGGAUUAAGCAGGACUUAGUAGAGUUAGACAGGACAUAUUUUAGUGUAAGUUUUAGUGAGUCAAUUGUGCAUAAUUUUGUUUGUGGUGUAAUAAAUGUUUAUGUUGUUCCCUUUAUAUCCUUGUCCCUCCCCUGUUAUUUAGUAAGAGUCCACAGCAUCUUUGUCCAUAGUAAGGGACGCCAGGGAGUGGUGGCUAGCGCCCUACUGUAUCUUACAGUUCUUAGUUAAAUUGUGGUCCUACGCUACAUUAGUAAUUCGAAAGAGUUUUGGAUGCACCUCAGCUGUCUUGCUCUGCGUUUUCAUAAUCUCAAACUUCUCCCUCUCCUCCAGCCGUAUGGGUCUGUGAUGUCAUCAACAACAUGACUUUUGAUUGGCCAGAGGUCUAGCAGGUCCAGAUAUUCGAAAAAUUCGACACAAGAUUCGCCGCCGGUGUGGAAGCAUGCAUUGACUUUAUGCUGUUUUAAAAAAAGGCGAAUAAUUCGCUUGGCGAAUUCUCGCCUGGUGUGUAAGGACCUUUAACCUCUGAGUUAAUCAUCUGUAAAUGGUUUGCAGUCCUGUAAAAGUUGAGGCUGAGCCCUCUGAACAGGGGUUCGGAGACAGGAUCAUGCAGGGAGGAGGCUAACCUCAGCUAGUUGUCUUCCUGCAAUUAGCUUUAUUUAAACUUCAGCAAGCAUGUAAUCAGGCUGCAAGAAAACCACAGUGAUGACUCCCAACUUUACAAACUUCUCUUCCCUCUUUCUGUCUUUGUUUUCUCUCUUCCCCCAUGUAGUGCAUGUCCUGCCAUCCACCAAGGCCAAAGAGAGCCUGUGGAGCUUGUUUGAAGGUAAGUCAGCCUAUUUUUAGAGGACUGGAGUGUGAGUGUGGACUUUUGUGGUGGAUUUCCAGUGUGUGGUCAUGGGCGGGCAGAAAUAGCCUAACUCAGAGGAUACAGCUCAGAGGCCUCAACAGUCUUUUUUCCUGUAAAUAUUUCUGCAAAGUGAAGUCUCAGGCAGGCAGCUGAUACUCUGUUUGAUCAGUGUUUGUGUCUGUGUUUCAGACGUGUACCUGUGUGCAGUGCUGAUCUGCUCAGUGGGUCUGCUGUGUAUGUGCAUGUUCACUGUGACAGUUACCUGCCAGUUCAUACAGAGGAAGCAGAGGUUAAAAGGUUAGCAGCAACAUCCAGACAGCUUUCCUCUGACCUUUGACCUUUAUUCAUCUUCACCUUUUGUUUGCAGUAUCUGUCAUCUUGUUUAUUAGAUCUUCCCUCCUCUGCACCUCUCCUGCUGUUGUUCUAAAAAUUAAACAAACUUCUCUUGGUCCAGUGGCUCAGCUUAGAUUGUAAUAACAUGUUCCUUAAUACUUUAUCUUUCUGCAGAUAAUUACCACUUGGUGAAAAGUCCCCACAACAGGUAAGCUCUCAGUGGGACCCAGUCUCAAAUAAACAUUAAAUGGGUUUGAACGGUGCUAAUUUUGUGGUGAUUCUGUUUGAAUCCAGCUCAGGAGAGACUGUCACCAGUUUAGUCAACGUGUCUCCUGCUCUCCCCAAGAAGGAGAGAAGGUACAGGAAGAAACGCAGCAGAGACUACCAGGAGGAGAUACCACCAGAGAUACCUGCCAAAGGUUAACACUGAGUGACACCUGCAGCUUUGCUGUGUUGUUUUUGUGAUUGUUCAAAGUCUUAAAAGUGAAAAGAGCCUCACUGUUCAUUUCAUUCACUGGAAUAACUGAAGUACAUCAGCAGGAUUCUCUUCUCGGGCUUUUCUCUUGGAUAAACAAACUUGGAUUUUAAGUAGCAAAAAAACUUUGUCAUAGAAACCUUUAAUGCUAGGGCAGCACAUGAUCAUUAUGCUGCAGUGGGGCUGUUUUAUUUUAGUGAUAUUUCAAUGUCGAUGUCAAUGUGAGCUUUAUUUAUAUAGCACAUUUAAAAACAGCCAGUGGCCUACCAAAGUGCUUCACAGUGAAAUAGCCAGAGACAAUCAAAAAUUGAAAUUAAAAUUAAAAAGUAUAAAAACAAUAAAACCAUAAAACAUAUAAAAAAUCAUAAAGAUAAACAGAUAUAGAUAAACUACCCAAUAAAAGUAGCUAUACUUCCCCAAAAGCUAAAGUGCAUCUUCAGAAGUGUUUUAAAAGUGAAAAGGCUGUUAGCAGUGCGCACUGUCAGGGGUAAAGCAUUCCACAAAGUGGGAGCCACGACAGAAAUAUGCUCGAUCUCCCAUAGAUUUUAAAAUUAUGUCAGCAAGCAUGUAUGUGGCUUAAUAUGUGGCUAUGUCAUGGCUAAAUAGACUGAUAAAGGGAUAGAGAAGAUAGAUGAACUACUUAUAUUAAUACCAAAAACCAUAAACCACUGUAAAAGAAGUUCAAAAGACAAUAAACCACCACUCUUUUAAAAAGAAAACAAUAUUAGACAAAAAUAUAAAAAUAAAAGGUAAGAAAAAAAAAUAUCUGUGAUCAUGAACAUUUUCUUUCCCUGUUCCUGCAGCUCCCAUCGAAGACAAAACACGCAAACCCAAACUUUUAAAACCACAACCAAGAAAAAUAGUGCUGGUGAGUACUCUGCAAACCUGUUCACAAGCUUUUGAAAAAAGUCAGCAUGCUUCUGUGCCUCUGAAAUCUGAUUGGUAAUCAAUUAAGCAAAUAUCACAGAGAGAGAGAACCUGUCUAUUGGCACUCAUGCAUUCAGCCCCUCGUUUUGGUUGUGAGGAAAUAUCGUGAGUAAAAGCAGCAAAAAUAUGAUAAAAAGUUCCACAUAAACCAGAUUUUCUCUCUGCAGACACUAAUGAAUUUCAGUGAUAAAGUUUUCACUCAGUGAAAAUGUAAGUUUGUGAAUAAUAAGAGAGCGUGGCAGAAAUCUGUAAUCCAGUUUCACUUCUCUUUCACCUCCACAUCUAUCUCUUCUCCAUCUCUGUUCUCCUCUCUCUUUCCCUGUUCUUACUCCUGCAGCCGAAGAUUGUGGAGGAGAAUCUGACCUAUGCAGAGCUGGAUCUGGUGAAGCCAAUCCCAGAAACAAAGGCGUCAUGUAGCGGCACAGUGUACGCUCAGAUCCUCUUUGAGGAGCAGCAGCUAUGAAGCAAACAAACACACACAAAUAAACAAACACACACACACACACACACACACACACACACACACACACACAAACACACACACACACGCACACACACCACUAGUUACUGUGCCUUUGUAAAAGUUAUGCCUAUUUAUAUUCUGUCUUGUUUUGUACUCAGUUUGUGGAGUUAAAGUGUGUAUUACAUUUAUGUCAUGAUUGUAAAUAUGACUUUGUAUGUGUUUUUAUCCUUUAAUGAGACAGGAGACAGAGGGAAUGUUGUUUUUCCUUUUUCCUCAUGUGUUUGCAUCCUGUGUACUUCACACUCAGAGCACUACAGUGCACUACAGAGCACUGACUCUGCCCCCUGUCCACAUGUAUGAUGAUUUUUUAGUGAACAGUUUGUUCUCUGUGUUAGGCCCCACUUCCUCACAUCACUGGAGUUUCAGGUCACUGGAAACAAAGGUCAUCCAAAACAGCCCUGAGGUGGAGGUUUUUGAAAACAACACUGAGACAUUGUCGAAUGGAAAACAAAAAAAACUGUAUUCUGAGAUUUACUUCAUCACAUUACAGCUGGAAUAAUGACACUUUACAGUUUAUACACAGCUGAAAGAUCACUGUGAACAACAACUGCUCUCUCAAGAAGCUGCUCAGUCCAGCUUAAAUGGGCUCAGUUCUGGAGAAGUCCCCAGUCCUCAGUAUAUGUAUGGUUUCCUCUUUGCAUGGUUAAGUUUGGACCUGCAUUUGUGGAUACAGUGAUGCACCGAGUUCAAGAACAAUCAUUUUUUGGGAAUGAUUUUAGACCAUGCUGUGAUUUCCACUCCAGAGUCCUGUCUGUUUCUAAUGUAUUUAGAGCACAGUAUUCUUCUGUGUUUUAAAAUGACAGACUGAUCAUUUUCACCACCUUACAGCUGCUCAAUGACCACAAAGUUCAUGAUCAUGAUUAUUCUUACUGACAUUGAUAUCAUAGUUGUUUAACACAAUUACUAAUUAAUUGACAUCACAGAAUAUAAGACCUCUUGAAAAUCACAAAUUCUUUGAAAAAGACGUAUAUUUUAUUGUACUUGUUUCCCAAAGAUGUCUGUGAAACUGAUAUAAAAAUCUUUUGUAAAAGUUGAAAAGGGACCAUUCACUGCAUGGAGAGCUUUGACUUCAUUAUGGUUGGUGAUUAUACUAACUAAAUUAAAUUCCAGACUGUCAUUUGUAGGAAAGUGUUUUUAUGUUGUGUUUUUCAAAACCUCAGGACCUGAGCUCUUUAGCUAGACUUCAUGUUUUCAUAGGCUACAGGUCCAACACCUCCCUCAGGCUUUAUGAGCCUUCUCUUUCACUGCAAAAGGACUUGGGCGUAUAUCUUAUAAGGAUAUGAACAUUCAUUAGCUUACCAGCGCCAUUGACUGUGUAAUAAAGUGAAGCAGAGUUUUGAAGCCUUUUGGUUGCAGUCGCUGACUCAAUCUAAUUUACAAUCAACUUACAGGCCUGUAGUCCCCUUGCAAAAAACUCACUCCCCAUUCAGUGGGUACCAUUACAGCCCUGAACUACCCACACCAAAACUAUCUUUCGAAACAGGCUGUAAACAUGUUUAUUUUGGCUCCAAAAAUGGGCUUUUUUGGGCUGAGCGUGUAUGUAGUUUCUGGCUACUGCUGCCAGUGGACACUCAGGGAACUGCAGUUUUUUAGCACUCCCACAACUACGUCAUUUCUCAGCACCAGAGGUUGCUGCUUGGUUGGCACACUCAUGCAUCCUCACGAUCACUACAGCUUCAUUUCGCUCUGCCCCUCAUCUUCCUCCUGCUCCUCCCCCCGCUCUCCCCUCCCCACCAUAAUAGUGUUAAAGUGCUAGUUUGUUGGAAGCUCCGAAGGUCAGAGGAGAGAUCGUCUCAAGUUAAAAGUUUAUUCUGUUAUUUCAGAUAGAAAAGUGAGUAAAAAAACAUGAAUCACUGCAUCGUUAUAGUCAGACUGAACUCUGUCCUGUCCUGCCUCUGUGUUUAUCUGACUCUUUAUAAGGACAACAGCUCCACAGAGCUGAUACUAAAGCAGAGAUUAGACCCUCCACCAACCCCCACAGCCAAGUAUGUGAAAGCUUUCAUCUGGUGCCAACAUCAACUUAGCAGGCUGUUAGUGACACACACACGCAAGCACGCACGCACACAGGAACGUAAACACACUAGAGGGUGGAGUUAGGUGUUAGCUAAACAGCCUCCUAAACUCCAACUCUCCUGAUCCUGACCAAAUCUCCUGACUGAGAGCUGAUCUUUUGGACUCCUCUGAUCUGAAGGUGAUUGGGUUACUAAGAUAAGUCACACAGACCCUCUCACAGUCUCCCUCCUUUUUUUGACUUUCUCUGAACCAGAGUGUGAAAGUGCUUAGGCUCUUUUUUCCAUUAACUGAUCCUCUGGAUUCAGGCAUGGAAAAGCAAAGGAGGAUUUUUUUAACAGUGAACUAGAAACCCAGACAAAAAGGCACCGGGUCCCUCCCUCCCCCUACCCUCCUUUUACCUCAUGUGGAGUUAUCCAUGAGCCUGGAACAGUGCUGGAAGAGGAAACCAGAACUUUCACUUCAGUACCUAUGCAUAAGUACAACAAUACAAGAAUAUACUGUAGAUGUACUAGAUUAUAAGUAAAAGUCAAGCAUCAAGUGUCAUCACUUCAUCUGAUUCCUCUCAACAGCAGCAACUACACUCUGAGCCCCUCCUGGAUGACCAAGCCCUUCACCCUAUCUCUAAGGGAGAGCCCAGCUACCCUGCGAAGAGAACUAAUUUCAGCCGCUUGUACCCUGUGGGUAAUGACCGCAAUCUUGUUGUUUCGGUCAGUAUCCGCAGCUUAUGACCAUAGGUGAGGGUGAAAACAUAGAUCAACCAGUGUGUCAAGAACUUGCCUUUCAGCUCAGUCCCGCUUUACCACAGCAGAUCUGUGCAGCAUCUUCUUCACUGCUGAUGCCGCACCAAUCCACCUGUCGAUCUCUUGCUCCAUUUUUCUUUGGUCUUAUAUGAACAAAAUCCUGAGGUUAUUUUAAAUUUGAAUAUCUUUGAUGUUAACUUUGGUGAGGAUGUAAAACAGCAGUAUACCCAACAUAUUAGCCUGUUUGUUGCUCAUGAAUUAAAUGGGUUGGUAUUAUAAUAGACCAUCUCCUUGUGAUGCUCAAGAUGUGAGUCUGUGUUACCUGAGGCAGGUCAUCACUUUUAAAUGGUCUGUAUGAUCAUACUGGUAUUACAUCAUACAAGUUUUUACUGUUGUGGGAUGUCACAGAUAGAUAGGGUCUGUUAUUAUAAAGCGUUGAUCUCCAGUCAGGACUCCAAACACACAUUCCUGACGCUUUGAAACUGUGUGGACAGUCUUGUUCUUCUUUGACUUUGUUCCCCUGCCUCUGUGUCACAUUGUAACCACUACACAUCUGUGGUUUUUAUAAGUCUGAUACCACAUUGUUAAGCUCUGUUUGUUUUAGUUGCACAGUGUGUAUUAUGUAUGUUUGAAAGCCCGAAAGUGACCUUUCAGUGCAGGCAUGAGUGUAUUUAAAAUGCCUCAAACUGUGAAAUGUAAAGUUUGCUCCAGACCAUGUUGUCCUUAAUGGGAGUCUGCUAAGUAGAACCAUGUGUAUGAAAUGUUUCUGAGUGCUUUCUGCAUCUCUGCUCCCCUCAUUCUCUCUCUCUCUCUUGGCUCUAUUUUCGUGUCCGCUGGUGAGGCAGCGGAGGGUAGCGGACCCCGCACAGUGAAAUUUUCGUCUGGCGGAGCCCGGCGUACAGCCAGUUUGGUAUUUUCGUAGACUGAGGCGCACGAGGUCCGCCAAGCUGGGCAAGGUGGCGUGGCAGAGGGAGGUGUCGACAGAAUCAGCUGGCGCAGUGACAUUUUCGUGCUCGCUGGUGGCGUAUAAAAUGCGCUGAAAGCUCGCCGAUUCAAACCUGGUCAGCUUUCAGCGCAGGCGGAGCGCAGCUGGUCUAGUAGUAUUUUGGUAGACCGGCGGCGUAUCGGCAUACGUCACCGAUGCCUCACCGGCAGGUUUCCACAGUGUCAGGCACAUUUCAGUGCAAUAAAUAAUCAACAACUAAUAAUAAUCUGAGUCGGCACAUACAUUUAGAUCUAAAUAGAUAUAUUCUGAUCUAUAUCUGAUCUGAUGAGCACGUUUGGCACGCGUUUGGACACACGAUCUGACCGAAUCAACACAGCUGAAACCACAUUAAAUUAAAUAUCUAGUAAAUAGACACACAUGAUGAAGUGAACAAUAUAUGGUGAUGAGAUGGUGUAGUUUCCGGAUCAGUAGGUGCUUCUGUAUGGAGUUGAAGGCGGAACUGAAGUCCACGAAGAGGAUCCUGGCGAAGUUGCCUGGGGAGUCCAGAUGCUGGAGGAGGAGGUGCAGCAGGCUGGCCACAGCGUCCUCUGUGCCCCUUCUUGCCCUGUAGGCCAAUUGGAGGGGGUCCAGAUGUGGGGUGACAAGUGGAAGGAUGAUGUUCAGCAGUAGUUUCUCCAGGCACUUCAUUAUUAUGGAUGUGAGGGCUAUGGGGCGGUAGUGGUUGAGUUCUGUAGGUCUGGGUUUUUUCAGUACUGGAAUUAUGGUUGCAGUUUUCCAUAGUGUGGGGAUUGUGGCAGUCCGGUAUGAUUGGCAGAAGAGUGAGUGAAGGAUAGGGGCGAGUUCCAUGGCACAGUUCUUGAUCACCCUGGCUGGAAUGCCAUCGGGCCCUGGGGCUUUGCCUGCCUUACAUCGGCUCAGCUGGUGCCGUACCUCCUCCUCAGUGAAGGGGGCUGGUUCCUCAGGGUCUGGUGGUGGGAGGGCUCUCAGUAGAUCCUGACAUUCCGAUGAGAAAUCAUGCCUGUCGAAACGGGUGUAGAAUGUGUUUAAAUCCUUGGUGAAUGUUUCUGGCUUACUGACUGUGCAUGUGGAUUUGGGUUUACACCCAGUCAGGGUUUUCACCUUCUGGAAGGCUUGCUUGGUGUUCAUGGUGCUGAAUUCUAUUUCCAGUUUGUUUUUAUAGUUCAGUUUGGCUUUUAACACCUCAUUCUUCAGAGUCCUAUUUGUUGCCUUGAGGCUGGUCCAGUCCUUGUGCCUGAAGGAUUUAUGUUUUUCCCUCAGGCUCUGUUUUAACUGCGGGGUAAUCCAUGGUUUGGAGUUGGGAUGGAUCUUAAUUGUUUUGGUUGGAAUUGUGGAGCUUAUGCAGAAUUUGAUGUAGUCUGUAAUGAUAGAGACCUUGUCAUCUAGACUGUCAUCAAAAAUGUCCCAGUCAGUGCAGGCUAAGGAGCCUUGGAGUUGUGUGAUGGUGUCCUCCAUCCACUGGGGGGCACUGCUGCACUGUGGUUUGUGGUGCUUUAGUUCCUGUUUGUAGAGCGGAAGUAAACAGAUGACGUUGUGGUCAGCAGCUCCAAGCGGCUGAUAUGAACGGGCACGGAAGGCAUCGGCGAUGUUCCCGUAACAUAAAUCCAAUAUGUUUCCCCUUCUUGUUGGAAUAUCCACAUACUGUUGGAAUGAUGGUAACACACUGUCCAGUCUGCAUCCGUUAAAGUCCCCCAGAAUGAGCAGCGGAGCGCCGGGGUACCUAACCAGCAUAGCAUUGGCAUCCUCGGCUAUUAGCUCCGCUGCCGUGUUGAUGUUGGCACUGGGGGCUACAUAGACACAGCUGACCACAACCAUGGGAAAUUCCCGGGGGAGAUAAAAAGCACGAAGGGACAGGGUCAGCAACUCCAGGUUGGGUGUGCACACUUUACGGUGCACUUUGAUGUUAUUACACCACCUGUCAUUGAUGUAAAAGCAGACCCCAGAUGAAUGUCCCCAAGGGGACCAAAUAAAUCAAAUCUCAAAUCUCAGAUGGUUCCCAUUUUAAUGCCAUUUUUGGUGUUUAUGUUGUGAUCUGUGUGCACAACCCACCUUUGUCACGUGAGGUUUGAAUAUAUGCAACUUUAUGUUAGUGUCUUUAUUUGUGUAAAAGGGUGUUUGUCUUACCAGUGGGUCCAACAUUAGACACACCAAAUCCAUCUGUGCUUACAUGAGAGAGAGUGGAGGACGCCCAAUACAGCCUUUACAGCGACACUUGUUGAGGGGCUGCCUUCUGUCGCCAUCGUGUGGCAUUACUGUCUUCAGACAUCUCUUGAUCUCUUUGACUUCUGCACAAAAAUUGGAAUACGCCUCGCCAGUGGCAGAUUUAAAGGCGAGGAGAGGAUGUGAUAUCGGCUGUGUUAAAUCCACUCCACGCCCUCUCUCCUCCCUCGCUACGACUUACGCCACUGGGAGGAGCUGAAUUAGGGAGGGGGGAUACUUAUGCCGGGCUGCGUCGCUCACCAAAAUACCAAAUUGUGCUUGGGAACGCCUUGUCGGGCACGUCUCCAGCGAAGCAUGAAAAUAGAGCCCUCUCUUUUUCUCUGACCACUGACCUCUGCAUUCAUCUCAGCUCAGAUUUUACUGCUCACUUUCUUCUCUUGUACAGUUUGUAUCAGUAACUGAAAUAAACACAAAACCAGGGAUGA